CUAAAGUCAUAAACUGAUCCUUCCGAAAAAAAUCUCCAAAAUCCCUAAAAUUCAACUUCACUCGAAAAAUGGCAGAAACCUCCGAGACAAUCACCACCACGAUCUCAUCGCCGCCACCGGAAUCCGAAAGCUCCACCACAUUAUCCGCAAUGACAGACCCAACGUCUCAAGAAGCAGCCUCAAGAGACACAGAUCUGACGAAAGAAGCCGAAUCAGAGAAGAAACCCGGAGGAAUCUCUCUCCGAAUCUGGCCACCGACUCAGAAAACUCGCGACGCCGUCUUGAAUCGCUUAAUCGAGACGUUAUCCACCGAAUCUAUCCUCUCUAAGAGAUACGGAACUCUUAAUUCCGAUGAAGCCACCACCGUCGCGAAAUCUAUUGAAGAAGAGGCUUAUGGUGUUGCUUCGAAUGCUGUGGUGAGUGAUGAUGAUGGGAUUAAGAUUCUUGAGGUUUAUUCUAAAGAGAUUAGUAAGAGGAUGCUUGAAUCUGUUAAGGCUAGAUCUAAUGGUAAUGAUGGGAAUGGAAGUGUGGAGGAUGUGAAUACUGAUGCUAGUGAGGUUUCUAAAGAUGAUGCAGGUUCUGUUUCAGAGGAGGAGAAGAGUGAGGCUUGAAAUUAUCUUUCUUUAUAAUCUGUUUAUUAGGGUUUUGCUUUUGCUAGAUUGAGUUCUGUGUUCUUGUAAUGAUGAUGAUGAUGAUGACUUGUGGAUUUGGUACUAUGGAUAUUUGAAGAUGUUUUCCUUAGUAUGAGUAAGUGUCUUCAUUUU